AUGACUCCGAGCGAUACUGUUCCACAUGCGACUGACCUCCUGCCCAUUUUCCAUGAUAUGGAAGGUGCCUUUGGUAAUGGAAUGAGGUCUGUUGUUAUGACCAUCAUGUCGGCUGAAGGAGAGUCUCAAAAUACUUGCGAGUAUCAUUUUGCGAAGUUAUGGUUGUUCAUUCUGAUUAACAACAAUGAGCACCUCGAAUUGCCACAUUUCGAACUCAGAGCUAUUUUGGAAGACCUAAAGCAGCAACCAAUCAACUCAACUAUUUGUGGCUUGUACAGGACCAACUUUCCCCUUCGGAAACUUGGAGAGCUCUUGGGCGAGACCUGGGUUGGUGAGGAUGUGCUGAAUGGUCUUUCUGAGCUGCUUUAUUUUGGCCAAGCAGCGAAAAGCACCAGCCCAAACCCACCAUUUCUAUGCCUACAGACAUUUUUCUUCACUGAUGCACGCCGUUUACACCAAAAACAUCCCCAUUUAUACAGUCAAGAGCUCUUAGAUCUCCACCAACGUCUCUUUGACACCAACAUCCUCAAGAUUAGUAUUCAGGUCUGCGACGGUGAUCAAUACACAUCAUAUGUAACCAGUGCCAAUGCUGUUGAGUUUAAUCAUGGAGACUCAAUGCACAAUCCACCCCUCGCAGAUGCUCUACAGGUCUUUCAAUGGGUGUUUAGUGACAUUCCUGGCUUCAGCCAGGAAAGGAUCAAUACAGAACAAGUUGCGCGCCAAGGUCAUGGCAAUGGCAGUGAUGGCAGCUUCAAAACUGAUGGAUUCUGUGGUUACAACGACUAUAAUCUCUAUUCGCCAAAGAUCAAUUCCACCACACACCAGGUCCAUCCCCAAAAGAUCAUCUUCAUGAAAGAAGAGAACAUCAAUCACCUAUCACUAUCUGACAGCAGUGAUGAUGUCAAAUCCAUCCCACACAGCAAUCACCAUAUCAAGCUGCCUGCAGCACGUACGAAACCUCAGGCCCCCCUCAUCAUUGACCUCUGUCCACCUGAGAUGAAGCCUACUGUUACACUUACGCGUGGUUCUGUGGUUGAGGUCAAAGACAAAGUUAAGAACAUUGAUCGCCUAUCACUCUCCAACAGCGGUGAAGACAUGAAACCUAUCGCACGCAGCAGUCACCAUAUCAAGCUGCUUGCAAUGCCUAUGCAACCUCAAGCCCCCUUCGUAAUUGACCUCUGUUCACCCGAGAUGAAGCCUACUGUUACACGUGGUUCUGUGGUCGAGGCACCUGGGGUCGUCCAGGUAGGCAGUGUGUACCCGUCAUUGGAGGCAGCACAACAAGCAAUUUAUGCGCAAGAAAACUGUCUGGGCCAUGUAUGGUGA